AUGGUUUGGAUGGGCAUAUCCGCCCAUGGUGUGACCAAACCUCGGUUUGUGAAACCUGGGGCCAAAAUAAAUUCUGAGUAUUAUAUACAGAAGAUAUUAAAGCCCUUUCUUAAGGAUGAUUACUGCAGAUUGUACCCUAAUGGUGAUGCUGUGUUCCAUCAGGACUCUGCCCCAUCGCAUGCAUCUAAGGUCACCCAGAAAUUCCUAACAGAUCAGCAAGUGCAAUUCCUGAGACCAGAACAAUGGAUUCCAAACAGUCCUGACGCUGCACCAUGCGACUAUUUCCUAUGGGGACAUCUGGAAAACAAACUGAAUAAGCGAAGAAUUUCUACAUUGAGAGACCUUCAAACAUCUAUUAGAGAAGAGGUGAAGAAAAUCCCCCAGGAAAUCGUUUGCGGGUUAGGCAAGGUAGCAACUACAGAUAACAAAUUAGGAGACCGAGGGAUAGUGGUGACAAAAGAGAUGAAUAUGGAUGAUGAGGUACCAAUGCAUUAUGAUGCUGAAUAUUUUCCAGAUCCUGAAGUAUUUAAUCUCGAUAGUUUAUUAUCAUUUUUCAGGACUUUUUCGUUUUCGCAGCCCGCCAUUACGAUUUCAGAUCCAAAACUUUUGAGAGAUAUAUUUGUGAAGGAUUUCAAUUACUUCAGCCACAGGCAGGAUCAGGCAUUUAACGAUAAAAUUCUGGACACCAUGAUCUCCGUUUUAAAUGGAGAAGAUUGGAAAAGAAUUAGAACCAUCAUAUCUCCUGCAUUUACUUCAAAACAGAUGAGAAAGAUGGAGAAUAUCAUCAAUGGCUGUUCCAAAACUGUUCUGAAGACAUUUGAAAAAUAUUACAAAAAUGGAGAACCGGUUGAUUGCAAGGCGAUAUUUGGAGCAUUUGUGACAGAUGCCAUAGCACUUUCAGCUUUCGCAACUAAAGUAGACUCUCUUAACAAUCCUGACCAUAUUUUCGUCAAAAUGAUUAAAGAAUGCAAUCAGGCAUUUGAUAUAAAGCGGGUUAUUUUCCUGAGUCUGAUUCCUCGGCGACUGCAGGCAUAUUUCAGGUUAGGAGCACUGAAACCAAUGGAUUUCUUCAAGAAAGUUGUUGUUGAAACCAUCAAAGAAAGGAGAGAAAAAGGAGUGAGGUAUGAUGAUUUUUUGCAAAGUUUGAUGGACGCCGUGGAAGAACAAAAACCUGAAGUGAAAAAAACAGACACAAAAGAAGAAGAGGACGUACACGAUCAAUAUGGUAGUGUAACGAAUACACAGAUGCCAAAACAACUUAAAUAUAAAUGGCUGUCAGAAGAUGAACUCGUGGCUCAAUGCAUUCUAUUUUAUUUUGUUGGAUACGAAACUACAGCUUCAACGAUAGCUUACAUGGCGUAUGCAUUAGCAACAAACCAACAAUGGCAAGAUAAAUUAAUUGCUGAAGUGGAUGAGGCGUUCAAGAAGCACGGCGAAGUUGGUUACGACGCAGUGAGAGACAUGAAACUUAUGGACGCGGUCGUAUCAGAAACUUUGAGAAUGUAUCCACCUGGUUUAAUGACAGCACGAAUAACGACAUCAGAUUACAAGUUAGGUGAUACAGGUAUAGUUUUAGAAAAAGGAAUACCUGUGCUUAUUCCACUGUACGCAAUGCAUUACGAUGUCGAGUUUUUUCCGGAGCCCGAAACUUUUAAUCCCGAAAGGUUCAUGGAUUCAUCUAAGGUUAAACACCCACAAUAUACAUAUUUACCAUUUGGCGAGGGACCACGGAAUUGUUUGGGAAUGAGAUUUGCUUUGUUGGAGAUUAAGUUAUGCAUGGCUAAUAUAUUACAUCAUUACAAAUUUAGAACUCAUUCAACAACAAAAGUGCCUUUGGAAUACAAGAAAUACUCAGUGUUCCUCAGUGUUACCGAACUACCUUUGGCUUUAGAGAAAAUUAAUCCAAGUGCGGAUUCAACAUUGUAAAAUUGAGAAUGCGCACUGCUUCAUAUUUUCACCUGUGAGAAGCCGGCAUAUUCAAGAAAAUUAAAAAAAAUAACUCUAUACAUACUUCUUUUUGUAAAUAUAACUCACUAUAAUCUUAAUCCGUAUUAGAACUAUUUUUUGUAUAAAGGAUGGUUUAUGAAGGAAAAAUAAACAGUACAGAAAAAAAAAGGAUUUAUUUCAUGCAUAUGAAAGUGAUAAAUGAAGUUAUUUAAAAUGUUUGUGUUUAAUUUUUUAAAUAAAAAUAGAAAGAAAAAAAUAUA